AUGAGCAUCUUGAAAGGUGCCUUAGAGAGACUACUAAUAGAGGCACAUUCACAUAAACAAAAAGAGUUACAAGUUGUUUGUACUCAGGCUUUAGAUAAGCUUAACCAAGAAAUAGAAGCACUUGUACAAGCAGACAAAGCGAGCGACGAUGCAGUCCCAAACAUAAUACAAUCCACAUCCAAACAAGCAGGCGAGAGUGCAGCCAAUCUAAACACAGUAAAUGGUGAUGUUGAUAAAUCGGAAACUGAGGCCAGGAAUGCAUCCCCAACUCAGCCAGCGAAGGAAGCCGACGACAUAUCUAUAGCCUCGACUAGAAAUUCCAUAUCUGGGGUAUCGAUAAUAGGACGUCCAGGCGAAGACUUGCCUAAAAUACCCAUGGAUAACUAUUGGAAGCCAUUCCGUAUAGCAUGUGACAGUUCUAUACCCGCACCAAUCCGCGUAAUUGCCCUAGAUGCCUUACAAAAAAUAAUAGCCCAUGGUUUACUCAAGGGCUCGACUAUAAUCACUCCUCCAAAGAAUGCGCAUUUUCGAAGGGAGCGAACGGGCGAUCUUGGGAAAUUGCCUAAUUUUAGUGAAUCCAACGAUCUCUCACAUCUUGACAGCAAUUCCCUAUUUGAUGGCGACACUACUACGCCCGAAGGCGUUGCUCCUGCUAAUUAUAGUAAUUAUCCGAAUCCAGCACGAUUGAUCGAUGACAUUGUUCAUACGAUAUGUAUUGGGUUCAAUGGCCAGCAGACAGACCAGACAGUUACUUUACAGAUACUUAAAGUACUCCUUACGUUUGUUACUUCAGACACUUGUCAAGUGCAUGGUAUCAGCUUAUUAAAGGUUAUUCAGACUUGCUGCAACAUAUAUUGUUUUACAAAGAAUGCAAUUCUCCAGGCCACAGCAAAGGCAGAAUUAACACAAAUGGCUAAUUUGAUUGUGACUAGAUGCGAGGAGUAUGCAGUACAAUUGGAAAAUUAUGAAACAUCCAAGAGGGCUAUGAAGAAUAAUAAUGAAUCAAAUGGGGAAGAAAUUUCGAAACCGAAUUCAGUUGAGGUUGAGAAUGCGACAAGUAAACAAGAAACACCGCAGGCAUAUACCGUUGCCGAAAGUGAUUCAAAGCCUGUGGAAUCUAAUAAAAAUGAAGAUGCAAUCAAUCAUAAGGAGGAGGUUUCAAAUGGUAGUGUUGUUGAGUGGGCAGAUGCAAUAGAGUCACCAACAGGGAAUGUGGUAGACUCUUCCAUCAAGGAGAAGAGAGUAUCAAUUGAAGCUGACGAAGCGCCUGAACCAGAACAAGCGAACGAACCUAGUAUUUCGCAAAGUGGCAGUUCGGGAGUAUCGGUCACUAGCCCCAAUGUUGAUCAAGAAGAACCAACGGAAAGCACAGAGAUCAAUAUUGAUGAUUCAGAAUUAGCUAAUUUACCUGAAAAUAAAGGAUCCAAUUUCACCGUGGACGAAAUGCCUGCUGAACCACUGACAACGCCUGAAACGGCUCCGGAUCAAGCCUCAGCCCCAAACCAAAACGCUAUUUUAGAAGACGAUCAACCAAAUACAAAAGUAUUGCCGAUUGAAGCCAAAUUGCUACAACGAAAUCGCCCCCGUAAAUCCUCCUUGUCACCCAAAGUAGACCUGAAGAUAAUCGUCCCGCCCCUCACAGCAACAGUACGCAGAAAACCGGCACAAGACAAACCAUCGCAUCCUACUCGCGGUAGAUUUAAUACGCUAAGAAAAGAUCUCUACUUAGUAUUUCGGUUUUUUUGUAGACUGUCUAUGCGUACAGACACUGGUGGUAAUAUACAAAUUGAGGAAAUUAGUAUCCGAGGACGUGCCCUCGUCUUGGAGCUUAUUCUUUCGAUAUUGGAUAAUUCAGGCCCUGUAUUACAGACUGAGGAUGCAUAUAUCUCCCUUAUUCGUCAGGCAUUAUGCGUUUCAUUAUCGCAAAACGGCGUAUCGUCUAAUGAACAGUUGUUCGAACUCUCGCUUUCCAUCUUUUUAAUGCUCUUUCGACUCUAUCGAGCGCCACUUAAAAAAGAACUGGAAGUAUUAUUCGCUGAAAUCUAUCUGCGAUUUCUUGAUAUGUCUAAUGCGACGUAUAAACAGAAACAGAUGGUUUUGCAGGGUUUAAUGAAAAUAUGUUCUAAUCCUCAAUCAUUGGUUGACGUGUACUUGAAUUAUGAUUGCGAUUUAUCAAUGACCAGCGUAUUUGAAAAGACAGUGAAUACACUAAGUCGAGUUGCGCAGGGAAGAUCGAAGAAUGUAAGUGGAUCAGCUAUGGGAAGUAUAAUUGGCGCUCAUGCUUCUGGACUAUUGUUAGAUAAUAAAGCUGAUUUGAUUGCAUUACAAGAAAAGAAACUUAAAGUGCGUGGUUUGAAAUGUUUAGUAACUAUAGUGAGAUCGCUGGUUGAAUGGUGUAAGGAUUUGGAUUCUAAAGAAACCGGAAUUAGUCAGUCAGAGAAGGCAAAACCACCGGAAACUACUGAGGACAAAACUACCAUUAUUUUCUCAAAGCAUCCUCUUCUCAAUAUAUCCAUGAAGGAAUUCUCAACAGCUCAUGGCAAUAACAGUAGUACUAGUAUUGGGUUAUCUGAUUCAGAGGAUCAUCCUGCUCAAUAUCAAGAGAUAAUGACGCGUAAACAAACUCUACAAGCUGGUAUUAGACUGUUCAAUUCGAAACCACUGAAGGGAAUAGAAUUCUUCAUUAAUAACGACUUUCUCAAGAAUGAUACCCAGAGCAUAGUAUCAUUCCUUACUUCUACUCCGGGACUCAGUAAGGCAGCAAUUGGGGAAUAUCUUGGCGAAAGCGAUCCUGAGGCUAUAAAGAUAAUGUAUGCAUUUGUGGAUUCAUUAGACUUUAAAAGUCUCCAAUUUGUAGAUGCAUUGCGUACAUUUCUUCAAACUUUUCGCUUACCAGGCGAAUCGCAAAAGAUUGACCGCAUUAUGGAAAAGUUUGCGGAUAGAUAUUGCGAAAAUAAUCCUGACGUAUUUGCAAACGCCGAUACUGCUUAUAUACUAGCAUAUUCGAUAAUAAUGUUGAAUACAGACCAGCACUCUAUUCAAGUAAAGCGGAGAAUGGAAAAGUCCGAAUUCAUAAAGAAUAAUAGAGGAAUCAAUGAUAAUAAUGAUCUGCCGGAUAGAUAUCUAGGGGCUAUUUUUGAUGACAUAUCCGUUAAUGAGAUUGUUAUGGAAGAAGAGCAAAUAUCGGAAGUGGCAAAAACUGCGAUUAACAUAGCCAAUGAGAGAGAAAGACAGCAAAUGUAUGAUAAGGAAAUAUCACAAAUGCAAAAGAAGAGUCAGGCAUUGCUUUCUAGUAGCAGGCAAGAUCAGAAGACCUCAAUAUGGCGGAGUGCUACUCACUCGGAUCACGUUAAGCCUAUGUUUGUUAUUGCAUGUUGGCCAUUGAUGGCUACUCUUAGCGUUGUAUUUGAGGAGUCUGAAAACAUAUCAACAGCAGCUAGUAAAGGAAAUGAAUUUGCACAAGCUAAUUCAGAGGCUAUCGAAUUAUGUUUGGAUGGAUUUAUGGGCGCCAUACGUAUCAGCAGUGUAUUUCGUAUGGAUGUCGAGAGAGAUGCAUUUGUGUCUUCACUCGCUAAAUUGACUGGACUUAAUCAUGUAGAUGAGAUGAGGUCCAAGAAUGUGGCUGCAAUCCGUACUCUGUUAUCCGCUGCAAACGCAUAUGGUGAAGGUCUGCAGACGUCUUGGUUGAUUGUAUUAAAGACCAUAUCUGCGAUGGAGAGAUAUCAGCUCAUAAACAGCUCAGGUUCGGUGGUAUACAGUGCAGAGGACGCAAGCGGGCUAGAUUACUCGCCACAGAAUAAUCGUAAUUCUCUUAAUCAGUCAACAACGGGUGUGGUUAAUAAUCACUCUAGUACAUCCGCUGCCGUUCGUAAUCUCACGCGACGCGGUUCGUUGGGAGGUCUCAUGAGGGAGUUCCAAUCACAGAGUACAAUUAUAGCAAUUGACAGGAUAUUCACCAACAGCAUUAAACUAAGUAGUGAUGCUAUUGUACACUUUGUUAAUGCUCUUUGUACUGUGUCGCUCGAAGAGGUUGACAUAUCAAGGACUGUUCCAAGAAUGUAUAGCUUACAGAGGAUAGUAGAAAUAGCGUAUUAUAACAUGUCACGUAUACGAUUCGAGUGGACUCAGAUAUGGAAAAUAUUACAGCCUCAUUUCAAUACUGUUGGAUGCCAUCCAAAUAAUAUCGUUGCUACGUUCGCCAUAGAUUCACUUCGACAACUGAGCAUGAAAUUUCUCGAAAGAGACGAGCUAUCUCAUUACAACACUCAGAGCGAAUUCAUGAAACCAUUUGAGCAUAUCAUAAGAAACAAUUCAUCCCCGGCAAUACGAGAGUUAAUCAUCCACUCACUUAUACAAAUGAUCUCAGCAAGAGCGAAGAAUAUCAAGUCAGGAUGGAAGAGCAUAUUUAUAGUUUUUGGUCGUGCCGCCGGUGACGAAAACCCGCAGCUGGUCGAUAAUGCAUUUGGCACAGUUAGAUUAGUGUAUCAGAAACAUUUGGAUUUGAUUGGGCUAUCAUUUGGGGAAUUUGUCAAUUGCCUGGUUGAAUUUGCGUUUAAUGCUAAAGUGGAAGAGAUAAUAAACGAAUCCAUUAGAAUGAUGCAAGGAUGUGUCAAAUUAUUAGUAAAAGAUAUAGAAGAAGGCGACAAGAAGAAUCAGAAUAUAUCACCUACAUUCGCGCCAACGUCACCUACAACCUCACCAGUAACUAAGAAGAGACUCCAGCACAUAGAAGAAGAACAAUUCUUCUUUAAAUGGUUCCCUAUAGUGUCCGGUCUAUCCAGACUAGUCAUUGAUCAUGAUUCUCAGGUCGUAAGAACAAAGGCACUUGAGGCACUAUUCGACAUUUUAAGAAACACUGGCUAUCUGUUUGAAACUUCGUAUUGGAGUAAAAUACUAAAAAAUGUCAUCAUUCCUGUAUUCGAAGAUAUCAAAGAACCAGCACAAUUACAAUUACCCACAACGGGCGAUUUUCAGCGUAGAGAAGCGACCACCGAAAUAUGGAUACAAACAAUACGCCUAAUGGUAGAUUUGUAUACACGUUUUCAUGACCUAUUCAAAGAUAAUUCUGAAUAUCUACUUGAGCUGUUAGAGCUAUUCGUAGCUCUACUCAAAAGGAAAAACGAGAAAUUGGGACAAACCGGAAUACGGUGUUUCCAUAACUUGAUAGCUAGAAAUGGUUCACGAUUCGAUAGUUCGACUUGGGGGGCAGUGACGGAUACUCUAGAGAAGAUUUUCAUAGCAACCACACCAAAGGAAUUGCUCGAAGUUGAAAUAGCGGGUGUCAAUGAGAAUACGGACGUGAAACACGCUGGUCAUGUAAUCGUGGGAGCAUCUAAUCCAGUACCGGAUGAUAUAACAGACACUGGAGCAGGCGUCGGUGAAAAUAGCCGCCGCAACCAGCAUAAUCCGCCCGCAACUCCCGGGAAGGUGGACGUUGACUUUCCAAACGCUAUCAUCAAGUGUGCAGCUCAACUCAUUAUUAUUCAAUCAGUGAAAGACUUGGCGUUAACACAUACAGUAGCGUCAUUGAGUAAGGAUGAAGUGCAUUACCUAGCCCAGAUGCCAGCCGAAUAUCGGAAUCGAUGGUUAAGAUGUCUAUAUAAUUCAUAUCAGUUUGCUCACGACUUUAAUGCCAACCACGAACUGCGUCAUGCUCUAUUCAAGUCAGGUUAUGUACAGCAAAUGCCGAAUCUAACGAAACAGGAAACUCUGUCUCUUUCAGUUUUCCUAUCUAUUCUCUAUGAUUUGUAUCGUACGCUUGGCGACAAUGACCCCGAUCUGCUUCCUCCACUAAUCGAAGAAUCAACCAAAGUUUUUGAACGAUUCAUAGCGCUAUUGUCGGCUGACACUAUGCAGAACCAACAGCGCGAUAUUAAUAAUUGGUCCCCAUUGGUUAUUACAGUAUUCCGUGAACUAUGUGCCACACCGUGGGAGGAAUCCCGUGGAGUAGUGCGUGAUGAAUUUGGAGAGAUACAAGAGAGAAGCGGAGAGGACGAAGAUAUGGAAAAGUUUGAAGAAGCGAGGAGAAGAGCGACUAGGUGGAUUGGGUUGAGGAAGCAUGUGCCUGAAUUCUAUAGAUUGAGCUUGAAAAUGAUUGGCGUAGAUAGGGCUGACGUUAGAGAGUACAUGCAAGAAUUUCUAGAGAAAAUAGGAAAUGAGUUUUUAAAUCCAGAUCGGUGGGACGUAUAG